AUGCGGUCCAUGUACCCUCGCCUGCGGCUCCUGUGCUCAUGGUCCCGUUUUUUCUCUUCGCUUCGCCAAAAAGAAAGGAAGAGAAGAGGUCGGAAAGAUCACACACAGUACGAAAGCAAGCAUAAACCAAACGAAAACCGAUGUAGCGAGAAAGAGGGCACCGUCCUUCCUUUUUGGAGCCAAGGGAGCCUUUGGCCUAUCUGUCAGUAUGUUGUGCAUUCUCUCACUUCCAAAAUAGCAUAUAAUGGAUGUCAUGUACCAGCUAUCUCUGAAAAGGUAGAAGGGCCCUUUAGGGACAGCAAGAGUUGCUUAGUGCUCAAUAGUGCUUGCAAAGAACGUUCAAGAUAG